AGAAUUUCGAAAAGGUGCGCAACUUUGGAAAUGCUUAAGGCUGUCUUGCUGGAGGAGAGUGUCUUUGAUGAGCCUACGGAAGAUGAAGUAAUGUUGUAUGCUGAAAGUUUGGGAAUCGAUGUUGAAAAGGAGCAAGACUUGCUUUAUAUCGCUAAGGAAGGGGUUUCUGCACAUUUACCGACUGGCUGGCAAGUUCUCAAGGAUGAAAAUAAUCAAAUAUUCUAUUAUGACAGUGCAUCUGGUAUUAGUUUAUGGGAGCAUCCAUUAGAUAGACACUUUCGAGAUUGUGUUGUUAAAGCCCGUCAGAAGAAACAAGAUGCCAUUGAUGCAACAAGUAGUUCUGGCAAAGUCCCUCAUGAUAAAUCUGUAGAAACUGGUUCCGUCGUGUCAAAUGGUUUAUUGCGCCCGCAUUCGAAAUCAUCCAUAAACAACAAAGAGGUAGCAAGAGGAUAUACACCAACUCAUUCUGAUCCGCAUGAAGGCAAGCUGAAUACAAAUAAUUCCAAAGAACUCAUAGAAAAGCACGAAAGCGAUAAUCAACUCUCGACCAGUGCUCUCGCAGAACCUCGCUUUCAAUGUCCAGUUGUUACUACUAGAAACGAUGAUCAUCUGCCAGUUGCAGAUGAUCCUACUGAAUAUCUUGAGAUAAAAUUAUCGAAAAAUAAGAUACAUGAGAAAUCACUUGUUAAUAAUCAUGAGAAACUUCAACGAUCCUCUCGUAAAGACCAUCUUUCAUCAGAAGGUUUUAAAUAUUGGUCAGAAAUGUACAAAGAAAAUCUUCGUCAAGCAGAUGAAAACCUAACUGUAUUACAGUCAAAAAUAAGAGAAUCUUUGUUAUUAACUAGCAGUCAUAAAAAAACCAACUCAAAUCUCUGCAAUAAUGCAACACCAAAUUCACUCACUAAAUACAAUCCUACGACAAUAACGAAGGAUUCACAUAUUGUAAGCAAUUUAUCUAGAUGUUUCUCAUCAUCGGAUCUUUUGAACAUUGUAGAUAACAAUCAAACAUAUUGUAAACGAUUAGAGGCAUUUUCUAGUCCUGUGAAAAAAAUUGAAAAUACAUUUAAUGAAGAUAUUCUAUGCCCUGAAGUUGGUAUAUCUCCAACUGCUGUCAUUCAAACAGAGUCAUCUAUUAGAAAUGAUAAAUGUAUUGGCCAUGGUGUAUCGUCUUUAGAUGCCAAUUCAAAAUUAUCUUCAUCUAUACUUCCUGAAAAUAUGAAAAAUUCUACAUAUCAGCUCACUCCAGGUAGAACGUGUUUAACAGAACAAAAUGCCAGUGUAGAAAAAUCGACUGAUGGAAUUCAAGUGGAUCAAAGUAAUAUGAAGUCGAAGCCCAAUAAAAGCUUGAUUAAUUUAUCAGAAUGUAUUAGUCAUUUGGUUGAAGAACGUUCUCGUGUACAAGGCAAAUUGUUUCGUCUCAAGUUACUUUAUAAAACUUACAAACGACGUCUAGACAAUUUAGAUGCCAGUUUAUCAGCAUUACAAGAGCAGACUAACACAGAACAACCAUCUUCUAAUGUUUUACCAAUCUCUAAAACAGACAAACAAAAUAUUAAUACUAAAAAUAUCCAAGAGAAAAGAAAUUCAUCAGUGUUUACAAAUUUAACGAAUGAAAACGAUACAAAUGUUCCAUUACUACCUCAGGAUUCAAUUGUCACUACAUGUAUUAAUGAUUUAAAUGAAUCUGUUAAUAAUAGAUUACAUUCUCGUUUAUCUUAUUGUUAUCAUUAUCAUCAAAAUCCUAAUGUUUCACGCGUAAAACGUUCAGUGUCAGUGCCUCGUUCUCCAAUUUCAUGUAAUUAUCUCAGAAAUUCAAAUAAUCCACAUAUAUCAUCUCAUCAUUUACAUGAUAGUACUUCAGUUUCACGUGAUCUAGCAGUAUCAUUAGCUUCGAUCGAUGUACAAUUGCAUAAUGUUUUGAAACGUCUUGAUUCAAAUACUGAUGAAAGUCUUCAAUCACAUAUAAACCAUUACAUACAAAAUCAUUAUCCUAUUUCUACUGUAACUGAUGAACAACACCACUGUACUAAUGAUGAUACAAAUGUUAUACAUAUUCAACGUUGUUUGGAAAAUAUAAAUUUAAGUAAUGAACCAUUACUUGAAGGUGGUUGUAGUGGUGGUAGUUGUAUAUCAAAUAAUUUAACUUGUUCACCUUCAUGUAGUUGCAAUAAAACUCCAUCUCUGUCUCAUAGAACAAUGGAUUUAUUGCAUUCACCAAUCAACUGUUCACCGAAUUCAAAUUUAGAUUUAAUAUCAAAUAAACGCAACAGUAUUUGUACAUCAAGGCUCUUGAAACCUACUACUCACAAAACUGUUAAAUCAGUACUAUAGGAAAGCAUUGAUCAAUAUCAACACAAUUUGUGCACCUAAUUCAUCACACGUAUGAAUCUCCAUUUUCAAUCCUUAUAUAUAUGACCUUUUUAUUAAUGUUAUAUUAUUUGUGCUUUUACCCAAGACUAUUUUUGUAUACCAAUCUCUUUUUUAGUGUACCCUAUAUUUUUAUUAAAUUUUAUAACUCAUAAGUAAAUAAAUAUAUUUAUUUGGUUUUA